AUGAUGUUUAAUGUGAAUGUUCUCUCAGAGAAGAGACUGGGGAAUGUGUGGGCUGCRGGGAGCAGCAGCAGAGAGCAGGGAAGCUGUGCAGAGCUCACCUCUCCUGCCUGCAGCUCCGACGCCUCCAGCCCAUCCACUGCCAGACCCACCAGCAAAAUGCAGCCGCUGCAUCUUCUGUGCCUCAGUCUCCUGGUGCUGGGAAGUAUCCUGAAUGCGCACGGAGGGAUCAAUGUCCUGGACUGCUGCCUGCGGACAAGAGAGACGCCCAUCCCGCGGUGGAUCGUGCAGGACUAUCGGCUGCAGCUGGUGCAGGACGGCUGUGCCAUCCCGGCUGCCAUAUUCAUCACCACAAAGGGCAAGCGCCUCUGCGCACCCCUCCAUUCCCAAUGGGUGAUUCGACUCCAAGAGAGGCUGGAAGCCAGCUCUGCCAGGAGGGCCAAACCCCAGGGCAAAUAGGCCCUGAGGAAACCCAWGGCUGGUCCCAACGCCUGGAGUGGGACCUGCUCCCAGCUGUGAAUAUAUUGCCAAUGGAGCCGACCUUCUUCCAUCUCCAGCCUUGUGCAGACUGACACUCCUUGGGACUUGUGUCACCACGUGGGGAUAGGCAGAACCCUGUCUG